GCAAAGGAGGAGGCGGAGAGGGAAGAGAAGGGGGUGGGGCUCCAAACACGGAAAAGCCCCCUCCCCAGUCAGUCCUUUCGGUCUCCGCAGAGAGGAAUCCGGCUCUCGCCAGGUGUUUUGGGGAAGGGCGAUUUUCAAUCCUUUCCAAAGUCAAAUUGAAUAAGAGUGUCUUUCUAGAGUCAGAGACAACCCAAGAGGAAGGGGGAAGAGAUGGAAGAGAAGGACCCCAAAGGCCCUGGAACUGGCAAGAUUUCAAAAAAUGGUCCCCAUCCCAUCCAAGCAGGGAGUGGUGCUGAAUUUUUGGAAGGAGCUGUGCCAGAGAACUUGGAUCAGGACAUUGUGACUGCAGAUGUACGCAGUCGAUGCUUUCGGCAGUUCUGUUACCAGGAAGCUGAUGGGCCCCGAGAGGUUUGCAGCCGUCUCCAUGGACUUUGUAAGGACUGGCUAGAGCCAGAGAGGCACACCAAGAAGGAGAUUGUGGACCUGGUGAUCCUGGAGCAGUUCCUGGCUAUCCUGCCCCAGGAAGUGCAGGGCUGGGUGAGAGGAUGCGGGCCAGAGACCAGUUCCCAGGCAGUGGCCCUGGCCGAAGGUUUCCUCCUGAGUCAGGCAGAGGAGAAGAGGCAGGCACAGCAGAUGUGGGGAGGAUCCGUGAAGGUGGAAGCGAAGUUCUAUGAGGCAGAAGGAGCUCCGUCAGAGGAAGGUCAGAGGGCACAGUCCCAGGAGCAUGCCCAAGAUGCCCUGUCAAGUGGCAGUGAAGAGAUGUUAGCGAGCUAUUUUCCUUGCAGAAAAGUGGAAAUGGUUGCUCAACCUCUGGUCCAGUCUCCAUUUUCCUUUGAGGAGGUGGCCGUGUAUUUCACUGCGGCGGAGUGGGCCCUGCUGGAUCUGGGCCAAAAAGCCCUCUACAGGGAAGUCAUGCUGGAGAACUAUGGGAGCAUGGCUUUUCUGGCAACAGAUGUAGGGGAGACAGCUGGGGAAUUCCAGGGGUUCUCUUUGGAAACAGUCAAGAAUGAAGAUGCUGAAGAAAACUUUGGAGAUGGACCCCAGAGGCAGGAGGAAAACCACACAGCAGGGGAUGAUCAGAGGAAUGAGGAGGAUGAGGAACUGCAUCAUCUAUUGCUUGAUGAAGUCAAGAAGGAAGAUGUGAGGAGAAACGUCAGGAUUCAAGGCAUGCUGAAGAGGCAGAAAGUCAGUCGCAGGGUGAAGAAGAGGGAUAAAUCCAUUCUUUGCCAAGGGGGGGAUUUCCAAGAAGUAAUACCCAUGUUGGAGGAAACAUACAAGUGCUUGGAGUGUGGAAUGAACUUCUCAGAUCAAACCCAAUAUAAUGUCCAUUUCAGAAUCCACAGUGGAAAGAAGACCCAUGAAUGCCUAGAGUGUGGAAAGGCCAUGACUGGCAGAGCAGAGUUCCUUAGACAUUUAAGAACACACAGAGGAGAGAAAUCUUCUAGCUGCUCAGACUCGGUUAGGAGCUUCUCAGAGAAAUCGGACCUUCUUCAACACCAAAGAUUUCAUUCAGGAGAGAAGCCUUUCAUCUUUCCAGAGAGUGAAAAGAUGUUCCUGGAUGGAAAAAAAGAUAAUAUACAUUUUUCAAAGAAGAGUAUACUGAAUACACAUCAAUGCUUUCAGUGUGGAAAGUACUUCAGAUACAAAUCACAAUUCCUAGUACACCAAAGGAUCCACAGAGAGGGGAAACCUUUGAAGUGCUCAGAGUGUGGGAAGAAAUUCAGUGACAAAAGCACUCUUCAACAGCAUGUAAGAACUCAUACAGGGGAAAAGCCUUUUGAGUGCUCAGAGAGUGGAAAGAGAUUAAAUGAAAGAAGCAAUCUUCAAAAGUAUCAGGGAAUCCAUACAGGGGAGAAGCCUUUUGAAUGCUCAGAGUGUGGGAAGCGGUUCAGUCACAGAAGCACUCUUCAUCACCAUCAAAGUAUCCACACAGGGGAGAAGCCUUUUGAAUGCUCAGAGUGUGGGAAGAGAUUCAGUUGGAGUGGCUAUCUUCAACAGCAUCAAAGAACCCACACAGGGGAGAAGCCUUUUGAAUGCUCAGAGUGUGGGAAGAGGUUCAGUCACAGAACCACUCUUCAUCACCAUCAAAGUAUCCACACAGGGGAGAAGCCUUUUGAAUGCUCAGAGUGUGGGAAGAGGUUCAGUCUCAGAAGCACUCUUCAUCACCAUCAAAGUAUCCACACAGGGGAGAAGCCUUUUGAAUGCUCAGAGUGUGGGAAGAGAUUCAGUCGGAAUGGCACUCUUCAGCGUCAUUUAAGAACCCACACAGGGGAGAAGCCUUUUGAAUGCUCAGAGUGUGAGAAGAGAUUCAGUUGGAAUGGCACUCUUCAGCGUCAUUUAAGAACCCACAUAGCGGAGAAGCCUUUUGAAUGCUCAGAGUGUGGGAAGAGGUUCAGUCGCAGAAGCACUCUUCAUCACCAUCAAAGUAUCCACACAGGGGAGAAGCCUUUUGAAUGCUCAGAGUGUGGGAAGAGAUUCAGUUGGAAUGGCACUCUUCAGCGUCAUUUAAGAACCCACAUAGCGGAGAAGCCUUUUGAAUGCUCAGAGUGUGGGAAGAGAUUCAGUGACAGUAGCAGUCUUCAAAAACAUCUAAGAAUUCAUACAGGGGAGAAGCCUUUUGAAUGCUCAGAGUGCGGGAAGAGAUUCAGUCGGAUUGGCAUUCUUCAAAGUCAUCGAAGAACCCACACAGGGGAGAAGCCUUUUGAAUGCUCAGAAUGUGGGAAGACAUUCAGUCAGAGUGGCAGUCUUCGAAGUCAUCAAAGAACCCACACAGGAGAGAAGCCUUUUGAGUGCUCAAAGUGUGGGAAAAGAUUCAGUCAUAGUAGCAAUCUUCACAGACAUCUAAGAACCCAUACAGGGGAGAAGCCUUUUGAAUGUUUAGAGUGAAGGAAGAGAUUCAGUCAGAGUAUCCAUCUUCAGCAGCAUGAAGGAAUCCACAGAGGGCAAAAAUCUUUUGAAUAGAAAUUCAGUCAACAUUCUUAUGUUCAACAGCAUCUAAGAACACUCACACAGAAAAGUCAUGUAUUCUUCCCUAUUUAGAGUGAAUUACCCUAAUAUGUACACAUAGAGUAAACAGCCUCCAAAGAACUGGAGCCACUGCCCUCAACAGUAAUUCGAUCCCCCACAAAAAUCAUGAACACUACAGAUUCAUCAGCUAUCUGUCAAUGACCUUGCCUCUUAAAUCAGUCCUUUUCUCCCACCACCUCUGUUGUGAUUCAUCCACACCAAUCCACUCUCCCCCAAAUUCAGAUCGGCUUCCACUCCUUUCCUUGCAGUUCAUUCCUACUUAGAGACCUGGCCUUCCAUGAAUACACACAUGUACCCCAUGGUGCUGAGGUUCGAGCAUGGGAAUAAACAACUGAGAGUCCCAUAGAAGUUGCUGGGUGACUUUGGGCCAGUCACUCUCAGCCUGAUGUACUCAGCACAGUUGUUGUGAGGACAAAACCACAGAUGAUGAAAACGAUACUUGUACAUUUCUUUGGUUCCCUAUUUGGGGAGAGAAGCAGGGUACAGGUGCCUAGAAAAUAAAACAAUGCUUCAAAAACUUAAA